AUGCAUUAUGUUUUAGUUGUUAAGGAGGAAGCAGAAUUCGUGGAUGAAGAGUGUGUGGAGGAGGAGUGCUUGGACAGCACCGACGGGUGCGGCGUGAGCGAGGCAGCCAUGCUGGCCAGCCUGUACGACGACCACGAGGUCAAGGACGAGCUCGUGCUGGGGCCGGAGCGCCCGCACCGCCCCAUAGUCGCCCCAGUGGUGAGAGACAGGGCGCUAGGUGACGCGGACGGCGGGUGUGCUGCGGGGGGUGCGGGGGCCCAGCUCGCUCGGUGCUCCGUGCGGCUCGAGCGCCUCGCGAGCCACGCCGCGCGAGACCACCAGCCACGAGGGACCGCCGGCUGCGACGCCGCCACUCCACCCCGCACAGACUCUGAUAUUGAACAGGAAACAUAUGUUAGACCUGAGAAGGAACAGAUAUGUGAUCUCUGUGGAGAGAGUUUUGAUUUGAAAUCUGAUUUAAUAAAACAUGUCGCGGUCCACAUUCAUGUGCCUACAAGUGGAGAUCUGGGAGCGGGCAGACCUGAUGUCACGGGCAACGCGCCCGCUCUUGUCUCCUCUGCUGUGGUGUCGGGUCGGCGCCGCUCGUGCUCGGUCAGGCUGGAGCGCCUGCAGGUGGGCGCGGAGCGGCGAACCUGCCGGGUCGGGCGCCGCACAUACAAGCUGCACGCCACCGAGCCCGCACCCACACCCCAUGUCACCACCACCAUCUAUCAAUGUCACCAUUGCGGCAAACGGUUCAGGAACAAGUCGGUUUUGAAGAAACACAUACGCAUUCACUUGUCGUUAGGACCGUCGAGUAAUUCAACCCGACAGAACAUUACAUCAAAUCGUCAAGAAAUGUCACACAAGGAUAGGAAACCUUAUAAAUGUAGCACUUGUGAGUACAUGGCUAGUAAGAUAGAAGAUUUACAGAAACACCAGCUGAUACACGCCGGUGACAAACCUUAUCAAUGUAGAUACUGUGACCACAGGAGCCGUCAAAGAGAAAACUUACGAACUCACGAGAUGAUACACACUGGUAACAAACCCUUUAAAUGUAACUACUGUCAUUACAAGUGCAAUAGGAAAGUUCUUUUACGAAUACACGAGAUAAAUCACACUGGGGAAAAGCCUUUUGACUGUAGCAACUGUGACUAUAAGUGCAACAGCAAAGCAAAACUACGACGACAUGAAAUUAUACACACGGAUGAAAACCCUUUCCAGUGUAGUUAUUGCGAAUACAAGUGCAACCAGAAACCAAAUUUACGAAGACACGAGAGAACACACACCGGGGAAAAACCUUUUGGUUGUAGUAACUGUGUCUACAAGUGCAUUAGCAUAGCAACUCUACGACGUCAUCAAUUGAUACACUCGGGUGAAAAACCUUUCCAAUGUAGUUAUUGCGAAUACAAGUGCAGACAGAUACCAAAUUUACGAAGACAUGAGUGCACACACACUGGGGAAAAGUCUUUUGACUGUAGUAACUGUGACUACAAAUGCAUUAGCAAAGCAACUCUACGACGUCAUCAAUUGAUACACUCGGGUGAAAAACCUUUCCAGUGUAGUUAUUGCGAGUUCAGGUGCAGGCAUAAAGGAAACUUAAAGAGACAUUUGAAGCGGAAGCACUAAAAAUGAGCUUUGAUAGCCACUGUCAUUAGCAUUGAAUGCAAAAGUCUCCAGGGCGCUUUUUUUAUUUUAUUUAAUUGGAGAUCCAACAGCUGUGACAUUAAAUAUCGGGUAGAACAGAACAAAGGACUUUUACGCAAACGUGGAAUUGUUUAGGCUACGUACUUUAUUUUUCACUUAAUAAUCACGUUAAUAUUUCUAACC